ACGCGCUUCCUCCAUUUCCUGUUGUGGGCUCGGGAGUUGGACAGGACAAUCCUCUGGUCUAAAAUAAAUGCCGUGGAUGAAUGACGCUGGAUUUUUAUUCUUAGCUUCUCUGGGGGGAGGUCCUUGAGCAAGCGAUGGAUCGCGCAGAUGGCAGCUGCUGCUGUCGCACCUGAUGUCAUGACGCUGUUGGUAUUUCCCAUGACAACCGCGCGUCGGACCCAGUAAAUAUCCAGGAGCCAGCAUGCCUAUCACACUGCUGUGGGCCGUGGAUGUGUACGGCAGAGUGUACAGCCUCUCCACAGCCGGCCAGCGCUGGGUCCGCGCCGACGACAUGCUGCUGGAGCUGAAGCGCGUCACUGCAGGCAAGGGACGCUGCUGGGGCAUCGGCUGCGAUCACCACAUCUAUCUGAACAUAAUGCCCAGCGAGACCAACAUCCGCUUCCGGGAGGAGACCUAUGAGAACCAGAGGUGGAACCCGGUGGAUGGCUUCACUGACGUGCUGCUGCCCACCGACCGCUGGCCCUGGAGCGACGUCACCGGGAUGAACCCGCAGCCGCUCCACAGCUUCCAGCUGCCCUCUCGGAGCUGGGAGUGGGAAGGUGACUGGUACGUGGAUCAGAGCUGCGGAGAACCCAGCCAGACCGGGGGCUGGGAGUAUGCUGUGGAUUUUCCGGCCAACUUUUCCCCAGACAAGAAGUGGAACUCCUGCGUCCGUCGUAGACGAUGGAUCCGUUACAGACGAUACACGGCACAAGGCACAUGGGCGAAGAUCCCUUUGGAUAAUCCUAGGAAGCCCCCCCUGCCGCUGUGUGACAUCAGCUGCGGUGGCUGGGAGAUGAGCGACCAGUCUGGGAGGUAUCCAUACCUGUGGGGCGUGUCACAGCAAGGACAGGUGUGGUUCAGAGAGGGAAUCCACCCCCGUGUGCCAGAGGGCACCGGCUGGGAGGAGGUGGAAGUUCCCAAAGAAGUUGCACAGUUAUCAGCCGGCCCCGGGGACCUCCUGUGGGCUUUGCUGUGGGACGGAAACCUGCUGGUUCGUACAGGCCUCAGUCUGGAUAGCCCAACAGGUACCUCCUGGUUGGAGGUGGACUCACCCUCAAAGGAGGUGGAGGCUCUUCACGUGGCCGUCGGCGUCAGCGUUGUGUGGGUGGUCACAAAGGACUACAAGGUGUGGUUCAGGCGUGGCGUAAACUCCCACAACCCCUGCGGCUCUGGCUGGAUCAGUAUCGGAGGGGAGAUGAUGAUGGUGGACGUGGGACUCAACGACCAGGUGUGGGCCGUUGGCGAGGAUCGCGGGCUGUAUUUUAGGAUGGGCGUGACCCAGUCCGAGCCCAGUGGAAACGGCUGGAUCCCGGUUUCUGCCCAGUGGGGCAGUAAUAAGAAGCUUAUUCCGCCAAGGGAGGAGUGUGAGUUCAGGGGCCAGCUGACUGAGGCCUCACAAGCUUCGGCCCCAAGCGGCACUGAUUCAGACUCAGAGUUGGGUCCUGCUAACUCAGAGCACAGCGCUACUCCGAUAUUGGAGGCUGCAGCUCCCUCUAUUGUCCCUUUGGGGGGAACCGACACAUCCGCCCCUCCCCAGGAGGUAAAAGAACCCUCCUCGGCCCCGCAGCAAGAUGCUCCCAAAGCCUUCAUCCCAGCCAGCGACAGCUUCAUCAACAGCCUUGUUUGUGACCGCGACAGAAUAUCCGCCACGCAGCCGUCCAUCACAGAGAUGCCUCAGGAGGACAGCGUGGAGCUGCCGCCAGCUCCGGUCCUCCCCACCCUUCCAGCCGCAGGGCACGAUGUCCCCUUUAUGAACGUGGACCUAGAAGGGGCAGAGGCGGCUCGGGGGGGACAGGCAGCAGGGCGCUUGCUGAGCGACGUCCUGGGAACCCUUGAGAACUCACAGGGCAUUGGGGAGGAGGACGGACCAGUGUGGACUUGGGUCUCCGGUGGAGGAUGCGACGUGGAUGCGAGUUCACAGAUCAGCUGGCUCAGUCCUACAGGUCCUCUCACCAGUUCCCUGUCUCUGACUCCGGUGCAAUCAGCAGCCUGGAGCGAGCAGCCCCGGCAGCAGGAGCGUCAGGAGAUCACCAGGAAACCUUUGGAGAGAAGCAACUCCGUGUGGGUUCGUAAAGGCGCAUUCCGCUGGUGGAGAGACUGGAAGCCGCAGCGCUGGCUGGACGUAGUCGUUGCUCUCGAGCAGUCCACCAAGUCUGACGGGAGGAAGGACAGCAUCUUCUUCGUCUAUUACAGUCAAUACGAUGAGAAGAAGUACCUUCAGGUGUUCAUAAACGAAGUGACGGCACUAGUACCAGUUCUGCACGACUGCCACUACACUUUUGCCGUGUACACGGCCGAAAGAACCAAACAAAGAUGGCCGCUGGUCUUGGCAGCGCCAUCAGAGAAGGAGAUGAACGACUGGCUGGACCUGUUGUCAAACUGUUGCUGCGAGUGUCGAGGUAUUGCUGGGGCUCCGUGCAGACAGGCGUUGUGGUCCACCACCUCCAAGGGAGACAUCAUGGUGCACGAGCCAUCCCUGUCCCUGGAGGCUGCGGCUCACUCCGUGGCCUGCGACCUUAUGUUUUGGCGCCAGAUCCCGGGCCACCUGCGCUGCGUAGAGUCUAACAGUCUGGGGCUGGUGUGGGGCAUCGGGUGGGACGGCACUGCCUGGGUCUACAGCGGGAGCUUCGGGCAACAGCCCAGUCCGGUCAACCCUGACAUGCACCUGCAGACUGACGUCAGGAGCAUGCAUGUGUAUGAGAAUCAGCGAUGGAACCCCAUGACCGGUUAUACGGACAAGGGGCUUCCCACCGAUCGGCCCAUGUGGAGUGACGAGAGUGGGUUUAAGGAGUGCACCAAAGGCAACACGCAUCCCCCCUCCCCUCAGUGGUCCUGGGUGUCCGAGUGGGCCGUGGAUUUCAGCGUUCCUGGAGGAACAGACAAAGAAGGGUGGCAAUAUGCUGCUGACUUUCCAGCGACAUUUCAAGGCCACAAAACCAUGAAGGACUUUGUGAGGCGCAGAAGAUGGACAAGGAGGUGCAAGAUAACAGUGAGAGGUCCGUGGAAGGCGGUGCCGCCGAUCCAUCUGAGUGACAUCUCUCUGAUGCCGUGUCUGGCCCAGAGCAAACUGGAGCAGGUCCCUGUGUGGGCCCUCAGUGACAAGGGAGAUGUCCUGUGUCGGCUGGGAGUGAGUCCCCAGAACCCUGCGGGGAGCUCCUGGCUCCACAUUGGCACAGAUCAGCCCUUCAAGUCGAUCUCCAUCGGAGGAGCCAAUCAGGUGUGGGCCAUCGCGAAGGACGGAGCCGUGUUCUACAGAGGAUCAGUGUCUCCACAAAACCCUGCAGGAGAAUGCUGGUACCACAUCCCCUCUCCUCCGAGGCAGAACCUCAGACAGCUCUCCGUCGGCCGCACUUCUGUCUUUGCUGUAGAUGAAAACAGUAACCUGUGGUACAGACAGGGCCUCACGCCCAGCUACCCUCAGGGCUCCGCCUGGGAGCUCCUCUCUGGCAACGCUACCAAGGUGUCUGUGGGACCACUGGACCAGGUUUGGAUCGUAGCAGAUGGAGUCCCAGGCUUUCCUACUGAGACUCCUGGAGCUGUCUGCCACAGGCUGGGUGUGGGACCCAUGCAACCCAAGGGUCUGUCCUGGGACUAUGGCAUAGGGGGAGGAUGGGAGCACAUCAGUGUGAGAGGGAACUCAGCAGAGCCCCUUCGGGGGCCCCACGCUCCUCCCGGCGGCCCCCCACGCAGCCCGGCCGUCCAACGACCUGCGACCCAAGUGAACGGGAGCGCCGUGUGUGUGUAGCGCCCCCCCC